ACUAAAACAUAGGUAAUGGUGAGAUUCAGGGCAAGGCUGUAAGUUUGCCGAUACCGAAGGGGCAGGGGUCCGUCCCUGUUAUCAGAAUGCAGGGAUUGAAAUGUGUUUGGGUGUUCGUUUUGCUGAUCUGGGCUUGGCCUGGAUUCUCUUGUGUUUUGAAGUGGCGGUGCUCAUGUGGGAAUGCUUACGGAGUACGUAGUAGACAUGGGCUACACCAAGGAGUAUGCACACACUACACCGUACACAGUAGGGUGAGGGCCUGGGAGGGUAUGUUCCGGAUGAGGUUGAUCUUGACCUUGAUCUUGAUCCACAAGUACGUAUGUGGGGUGGGGGGCAAAGUACAAGCUACGAAUUGAAUUGUGGGCUGUAAAAGGGCAAGAGUGUGGGGAGGAAAGGGGGAGAUUAGAUGUUGUGUGAGUAUACUUUGGAGUAUGAAUGACGUAUUCGUAGGGAAUGAAAAUAGCUUCGCAGUUCUACCGGACCAACAAGAGUG